UAUUAUUAAUGGCGGCGUGCGCUUAUUUACAUUAGAUUGUUUACGGUGUUGCUGAGAGGGACUUCUACGAAAGUUGUUUUACAUUUGGACAUCUGAGCGAAGUCAUAAUCAUUGCUUUGAUAUUUCUUUUGUUACACGAGAUCGUCUAAUGUUAGAAUCGAUGUGAAAGUCCACAUAUAGUCGUGUCUAAGAAUGAGACGAGGAAUCAAAUCGCCAUGCAAGAGGACAACGUUAAGGUUGCCGUAAGGGUCCGACCCUUGCUGCCAAAAGAAAAGUUGGGUGGAGAACAAGUGUGUGUUCGUGUAGUAUCUAAUACAAACCAAGUAGUGGUGGGUAAAGACAGAUCCUUCACAUUUGAUCAUGUCCUGUCUGCUAAAAGUACCCAGGAUGACAUUUAUAUUCAGUGUGUGGAGCCUCUAGUGAAGUGUAUCUUUGAGGGUUAUAACUCCACAGUCUUUGCUUAUGGGCAGACGGGCUCUGGGAAAACAUAUACAAUUGGUGGAGGAGACAUUUCUACCUUGACAGAAGAGGAAUAUGGCAUUAUUCCACGUGCUUUGCAUCAGAUGUUUGAAUUGAUGAAGAAUAACACCAGUGUGACAUUUGACGUACGAGUGUCAUAUGUAGAAAUAUACAAAGAAGAAUUGCGGGAUCUUUUGGAUUUAGACACGUCUAGUAAAGAUCUUCAUGUCAGGGAAGAUGACAAAGGCAAUACAGUCAUUGUUGGAGCACAAGAGAUGAAGAUAGAGUCAUUGGAUGAAGUGAUGUCACUGUUGGAGGCAGGUUCUGCAGCACGGCACACAGGGUCCACACAGAUGAAUGAACAUUCCAGUCGAUCUCAUUCUGUGUUUACCGUGGUGAUUGGUCAGAGCUGGACUGAAAUAGACCCUCUUGCAGAAAAACGAAACCUAAAAUCUAAUGGCAGCCCUGAUGAACAAGAAGAUGGGCAAAGAAAAAAAUUCCACACUACAUGUCAGGGAAAGUUUCAUUUUGUUGAUCUAGCUGGCUCAGAGAGAGCCCAUCGGACAGGAAAUGUUGGCGACAGAUUUAAAGAGUCCAUCCACAUAAACUCUGGACUGCUGUCUCUUGGAAAUGUCAUCAGUGCUUUGGGUGAUGUAAAAAAGAAGCCUGGACAUAUUCCAUACAGAGACUCCAAAAUAACAAGGAUAUUAAAGGAUUCAUUAGGAGGAAAUGCCAAAACUUUGAUGAUCUGUUGUGUCAGCCCAGCAUCAUCUAAUUUUGAUGAAACUUUAAAUGCACUUAAAUAUGCGAAUAGGGCAAGGAACAUAAAAAAUAAGCCAGUCAUUAAUCGAGAUAUCCAGUCUAUACGAUUUGAAGAAAUGCAAUUUGAAAUCUUGGCUUUGAGAGAAGAGCUGGCCAGACAGAGAACAGGAGUGCAAAGUGCAUUUGGAGAUUGUCAGUCUGAAAUAUCACUGCAGAAUGCAAGUCAGAUUAAAGACUUGGAGGGCAAAGUCAUCAAGUUGCAAACAGAGUGUUCACACUACAGAAUAAUUGCAGAAGAAGCCUACAAACAGUUGACUGAGAUUCAGGGUCGUGACCUUCUGUCUAAAAGUCUUGACAUUCGAUUGAGAGACUGGUUAGAACUUAUGGAAGAGAUAAAAAACAAGGUGCCAGCUACAUUAAGCAGAGAGGACUGGCAAAAUCAAACUAUUAAAGACUUGGAAUCUGAACUCUUGAAGUGCAAGUCAGACCUUAAAAGUGAUGAAGAGAUCUUUGCGGAAAAAACAAGAGAAGUGAAACAGCUGAGAGAGCAGCUGGCAGAAAUGGAACAGGCAGGCCAGGAGCAAGCCUCAGUCCUUACUGAAUGGCACCAGCGAUGCCAACAGCAGGAGCAACAGCUCAUGCAGCAGCAGAUGAAGAUUGAGGAGUUAGAGGCAGCACUGAAGAUAGCCACUGUGAAUGAGAGUAGCAUUCUGGCUUCAGCAACCAUUGCCUCCAGUAUGUAUCCUACCACCACACGCAGGCCAAAAUCUGUUCCAGUACAUCUUCACAGUAAAAGUGGUCACAAGGAUGGACUACGACCACCAUCACGGCUGAUCAAGACAAGCCCAGCUCUGUUUUCCCUAGAGCGUGUUAUGCAAAGUUUCCGUGCUCGUUCACAGUUGCUUGUAAGCCGUCUUGAGGAUACAGAUGAAGUUUUGCAUCAGACUUUCUCAGAUGAUAGUGGUGAUGAUGCAGUGUAUAGGUGGAAAACAGCUUCAGCGACGAGGACCUUUAGAGUAAAAAAGACUGUCAAGGAUGAAGAUACAAGGGUUGAGAGAUUGUCCAUGGAAAAUAUGAAAAGUAGCAACGCUUACACUAGUCUGCGGUGUAGCACACGUAACAUGGACAUGGAAGAGACUGAGACAGGAAGUUUACUGAUCAACAUGGACGUGCAGUCCAGCGCUGAAGUCCAGCGCAAAAAGAUCAAGCAAGCUCAAUUAAAAAUCCUUGAGGCCAACCAGAAAGUCCGAGACCUCUCUAUCAACAUCAGACUAAAAGAGCAGCUUAUCCGAGAACUGGUCAAAUCUGGAAAAGAUGCGGAGCUAAUGAACAAGCAGUAUGCAGAAAAAAUUAAAGCUUUAGAAAAGGAGAAAGAUCAGGCCCGGCAGGAUAUUGUGGACAUGCAAUCAGCUCUGCAAGAUCUGGAGGCAAAAGAGCAGCAGGAAUCAGCAGAGAAACAGCGUCUGCAACAAGAUUACAAGCGUAAGAUUGAGGCAGCACAGCAGAAGGUCACAGUGCUUCAGAAAAAGCAGAAAGAAACGGAAAAAGUUGCUUCAUUUGCACACCAUCAUGAGAAAAAGAUUCAGGAUCUCGAGUUGGCUGUGGAUCGCAUGAAACAACAGCAAGAGGUUCUGCACAAGAAGCUGAAGGACGAAACAGAGCAGAAGAUCAAGCUCGAGAGAGAGAUGCAGAAGGAAAGCCAAAAAGUCAAGGAGUUGGAAAUUCGAAAUGAACACCAACAGAAGAUUCUGAAACGGAAGACAGAGGAGAUUGCUGCUGUUCAGCGCCGCUUGCGGUCUGCCUCUUCAAGUACACUACCUCCAAUACAUGGGGAAGAGCAGGACAAAGUAGAAGAACAAAGACGACAGCUUGAUGUAGAGAUAGAAAGGGUUCUUGCGGAGAGACAGAAAAUGGAUGAACUUCAAGAAGAACUGCAGAAAAGAGAAGCAAUAAUUGCCAAGAAGGAGGCAAUGCUGGCAGAGAAAAGUGAGCUAGAGAUGAGGAAAAUGCGCUCAAGUCAGAUGCUAAGCAAGGAGCUUGUGAUAGUGUCAACUCGUCUGGAUUCUGUGGAGCAUCACCUGGAGGAGAAACGACAGGAGCUGACUCAACUUCCAGCAGAACAGAGAGCGUUGGCCAAGGAAGAGAUCCAGCAGCUUAAACACAAGCGAGAAAAGUUAUUCAGAGAACAACAAAAUAUAAAUAACAAACUGCAUGAGGGAAAAAUCUUGUCAUCUGCUGAGGAGAGGCGGUUGAUAGAGCUGGAGGAGGCUAUGGAGGCUUUGGAUGCUGCUAUUCAAUACAAGAACGAAACCAUCAGCAGCAGGCAGAUGGAGCUGCGCCAUUCCCAAAUCUUAGCAAAGAGUGAUGAUGGACUGUUGAGCCGGCUGAACACUUUAUCUCCCUCAGAGAUACGUGCCAUGUUAUCACGUUACUUUGAAAAGGUCAUCAACCUGCGUGAAGCAGAGCAUAAACUGAAUCUUCAGUGCAGUGAAAAAGAGGUCAAGUGUGAGGAACAAGAGAGAAUAAUUCAUGAGCUGGAGACAGCACUGCAGCGGUCAGCGCUGGAACUUGACCGGCGCUUGACUCAGCAGCAGCAAGAGUAUGAGCGCAAGAUUCAGAUGCUGAUGCAUCAACUGAUGAUGAGUGAGGGAGGGAACGCAGUGACAAAUGGAGACAUGACAACCAGUGUGAAAAUUCAGCAUCUCGAAAAAGAAUUGUAUUUCUACAAGAAAACAAGCCGUGAUUUGAAAAAGAAGAUCAGAGAGCUGUUAUCCAAUGGAGUGCUACCACCUCAAGUUGCAGAAGAGAUAGGCAUUAGUGUUACAAGCUCAAUUCAGAGUCUGGCAGAUGGAGAUGGAGGUACUCCCAGGUCCUAUCAUGCAAGUGCUUCCAGAGAUUCUGUUCAGUACAGAGACAGACCAGCCAGCCAAGGUCGCAGAAACAGUCAGCCAAACUCAGCCUCAUUCCUCUCCCUUGCGGGUGUACCAUCACCAGUCAGCGCCACGCUUCAACAAAGAACGUCUUCCGAAGAUCGGCCAGCGGGGGGUGGCCUCAGGAGUGGGGGUAGUGUGGUCACCCCGGUCAAGAUACCUCGCAAAGAUCUGCGCAUUAUGUCAGAGGAGGAGGUGUCACUGCGACGUUCAAGCAUGAGUCGUGGCAGCCUUAACUCCUCUCUGCCUAGAGAUUCUCUGGAAGGUGGCAAAAAUCCUUGGGGAUAAUGAGAAUCUGUUAUCUUCUCUCCUGGUAUGUGGACCACAGAUACAAAGAAUUGCUAAAAUCAUUUGCAAAACUAUUUGUGUGGUGUACAGAAUAAUGAGUGAUUUAUAGACCCAUUUGCGUAAAUUAUUCUGGUCUGUACGUGCAUUUGUAAGUGUGUGUCAAGCGCGUGUAGUUUAUUAUGCAAAAAAAGAUUUUGGUUGUGUUUGCAUUCAUUCUAAGAAAAAAAUCCAUUCCAUCCAAGAUCCAGUUCGUAACUACCCAGUUUAUUCUUGAGUAAUUGUUCAGUCAUACAAUUUGACAAAUAGUCUAACGUGUUCGACAAAUUCUCUUAGUAGUAUGACAUAAUGUAUACUAUGUGGUGUAGCAAAAUGUCUUGCUGUGCAUUGUUGCAAAAUAUCGCUGUAUAUCCACAUGUUUAAAGCGUGAGAGUUCUUCCUCCCAUUCCUUUAACAAAUAAACAGACUAUCUUCAACCAAUCAUGUGAGCAUGAGGUACAUUAUGUGAGUGGAACAGAUCUUUAUAGGGCUCCUUAGAAAGUUUAUUACUUUUAUUUCUAGGUCUAGUGGUUGUUGCUUCAGUUUAUCUUUUAGGAUGUGUGGGAAUGAUGAAAUGUAUAUAUUUUGGGAUGGUCAUUUUUUUUUAAAUAGUGAGAUGUAAACAUACAAUAGAGCAACAAAGAUGCUUUUAUGGCCUCUCUAAAAAAAAUUGUGAUAACUUCUAAUCCUCCCGUUGUGUUUAUUAUUUGUUUUGAGGGUUAAUUUUUAAUUUUUUAUUGUUGAGAUGAGAGUUAAAAUGGUGUGUUCUGUGUCUUUAAGUGUGGUAACACAUGAUCAUCCCACCUGACAAUGGACAUACAGGUGCAAACUUUACAGUUUUAACAUAUCAAAGAACAAGAAACCAUUUGUUUUUUUCCUCAUUACUGUUGUGCACAAAUCUACAUUUUAAGAUCCCAGAUCUGUAUUUGUAAUAUUUAAUCAAAGGAUUGUAUGCUGAAUGAAAUUUGCAGUAUCAAUUUCUUCUUCCAGUCAUAAAGGGAUGUUAGGGAAGAUAAAAGACUGUUGCAUUUAUAUGUCUGCUGUGAGAUUUUAAAAUUUUAAAUGCAAGGACGUAUUCAUGAUUCCCUCUAGUUCACAGUUUUCCAUGUAUAUGUGUGCAAAUGCAAAAACUUAUGAGAGAAUAGUAUUAUGUAAGAACUAUGUUUAGAGUAGUUUUCAUUGUUGCUUAUUUUUUACAUUUCAUGAUUACUAAGAUUAAGUUACACAUAAAGAGUGAAUAAUAGAAGAGUGUUUGUCAUUACUGCUCAUAUCAUCUGGAUGCUUUUCAAAUGAAUAUUUCAAACUAGUUCAUGCAUCAAGCAUAUCAACCAAAUAGAUCGUUUCAAGUCUUGCCCAUUCUUUCCUCAACAGUUGUGGGCUUAUCUCCACUGAUAUAUAUUCUAAUGUGUGCAUAUUAUAAAGCAAUACAGUGUGAAAUUUCUUGCUGUGUGAUAGUCAUGUAGAACUUAUUUUUCUGGAUUGGCACUAUCAUUCUGAUCUUCAUCACCAUCACAAUUUACAACUGUUUUUGAGACCAGCAUCCAUGUUUGUGCAUGUUUUUUUCCCCGUAAGAAGCUGUGAGCUCGCCUUUAAUGGUGGGAACAAUUCAACAUAUUAAUCUACACCAUCAUAUUCAUGAGCUGAACAUGAAGAGAAAUAUGCAUUUUGAUCUGGAUAUAAAAAAUUUACUACAAUCUUAUUUUUUAUAAAUUCAGUUAGAAGUAUUAUAGGCAAAUAUUGUAUGCCAACUUGUCAGCAAAAUCUACCCAUAAAUGGGUGAUGAUUUUGCUGCAAUUUCAAGCAAAGAAUGUGCCAUAUGUGUCACUGACAUUGUAUGAAUCUUUUCUCACAUGAAUUCCUGGUAACAUGUUACUAGAGAGCAGCUGUGACCUGUAGCAGUAGAAUUUAGGGAUCAUAGAUUGUUCUAGUUCUUGGUCAGUUAGUCAUGUGAAAUAAGGUGACCAGACAUCCCGAUUUAGGCGGGACAGUCCCACCUUUGACCGCGUAUCCCGCCUGCUGGAUCACAGAAAAUUAAGUUGUGCAACGUGGGAGGAGAAUCAACAUAUGACAAAUUUAUUUUCCCAUGUUUCUCUUUUGAAUCUCAUUGCAGAUAGGGAACUACAUUUGCUCACACAUUAUUUAUAAAAUUAAGCGAGGAAGGUUACAAGUCACGUUCAUUAGUGUAUAAAUAUGUAGAAUGCUUACUGACCAUUCAUGUGUUCGGUGUUCGAAAAUUUUAGAAAAUGGUGUAACAUUACAGUGUGUUAGACUUUGGAGCAAAAGGCUGCCUUGAGCUAUAUGCCCACCAAGGUGGCAGGAGAGGGUUGUUUCCCCUCCCAUGCUGUGCCAACGACAUUGUUUACUGACAGUUCAUUGCUAUCACAGUCUUUAUACUGUUAGCUGUUAUUUCUGUAGCAGUGUUAUUUUUCAAGAAUUCCAUAAUACAUAGAACUCUUUAAGCUAGAUUUGGAAACUGACCCAUAAUUAUUAUUCUGUAGAUCUUAACAUAAGGAUCACCACCACCAACCCAGAAACUGAAAUGUUAUUUAAUGCUUUAAAGUCAUUUGUGAUGAAUAAGGAAAUAUAAAUAUAUCGAAAACUACAUGUAAAUGUUUAUAUCAGUCAUCCUUUAAGGAGAAAAAUGGAUCAUACAAUUGUCAGGAAGGUGAUUGUGGGGUUUUUUAAUUGGAAGUUUUAAUGUGAUUUUUAAAAUUUGUUAUUUAUCCAUCCAUCCUGCCUUCCGUUGUUCAUACCAUCUCCCACCCACUCAAACUCAUGGGCCAUCAGUACAGUCUUCUGUGAAAAUUUAUUUUAAAAAUUUAGUUGAGACACAAUAUCACCUAUAUUGUCUUUGUGUUCUGAGCUAUUUUGACACAUCAAAUAAGACAUAUCCUUCAAGUUUGUAAAUAAAAGUUCCUACUUGUGGAUUUUAGUGGAAGAGGUCCAUAGUUGAGCAGAGUUCAGUACAGCACAUUUCAAUAAAACCGUCCACAUCUGCUGGUGUUUGCAUAUAAAUGUGAACAUUUUGUGUUAUAUAUAUGCUGUAUGUUUUGGCAAACAAUCCACCAUUUCAUAAUAAAAACAAUUAGCAUCCUA